AUGCCUGAAAAAUUACACAAAUCGCCAUUCCUGGAGUUCUCCCAGUUUGCAGGUUAUCAGCUGUAUGGUAAUGAAGAAGUGCCAGCAGGAGGUAUCAUUACAGGCAUUGGGCGAGUAUCAGGAGUGGAGUGUUUGAUUAUUGCGAAUGAUGCUACUGUCAAAGGUGGAACCUAUUAUCCAAUUACUGUAAAGAAGCAUCUACGUGCUCAAGAAGUUGCAAUGCAAAAUCAUCUUCCUUGUGUAUACUUAGUUGAUUCAGGAGGCGCCAACUUGCCUCGCCAGGCGGACGUGUUUCCUGACCGUGAUCACUUCGGUAGGAUUUUCUAUAAUCAAGCAGUCAUGUCCUCCCAAAGAAUUCCACAGAUUGCAGUAGUUAUGGGCUCAUGCACAGCUGGAGGGGCUUAUGUCCCAGCAAUGGCUGAUGAAAGUAUAAUUGUUGGAAAGCAGGGAACAAUAUUUUUGGGUGGACCUCCAUUGGUAAAAGCAGCAACUGGGGAACAGGUAUCAGCAGAGGAUCUUGGAGGUGCUGAUCUUCACUGCAGGAAAUCUGGUGUAACCGAUCACUAUGCUUUGGAUGAUAAUCAUGCACUCCACUUGGCUAGAAAAGUGGUGAGAAGUUUGAAUUACAAGAAGAAAGUUGAUGUAACAGUAGAAUCCUCAGAAGAACCUUUGUUUCCUCCAGAUGAAUUGUAUGGCAUAGUUGGAGGACAACUUAAAAGAAAUUUUGAUGUCAAAGAGGUCAUUGCUAGAAUUGUUGAUGGAAGCAAAUUUGAUGAAUUUAAGGCCUUAUAUGGGGAUACAUUAGUCACAGGAUUUGCUCGGUUAUUUGGCUACCCAGUUGGAAUAAUUGGAAACAACGGUGUUCUUUUUUCAGAAUCAGCAAAGAAGGGCACACAUUUUAUUCAGCUUUGUUGUCAGAGAAAUAUUCCCAUUAUAUUUUUACAAAACAUCACAGGCUUCAUGGUUGGUAAGGAUUAUGAAGCUGGUGGUAUAGCAAAAGAUGGAGCCAAGAUGGUUACUGCUGUAGCAUGUGCCAAUGUGCCUAAAAUAACAGUCAUUAUUGGAGGGUCCUAUGGUGCUGGAAAUUAUGGGAUGUGUGGAAGAGCAUAUAGUCCAAGAUUUCUUUUUAUGUGGCCGAAUGCUCGGAUCUCGGUGAUGGGAGGAGAACAAGCUGCAACUGUUUUAGCUACAGUAGCCAAGGACCGAAAAGCAAGGGAAGGGAAGCAGUUUUCUGAAGAGGAAGAAAAAGCUCUGAAAGAGCCAAUAAUUCAGAGGUUUGAAGAAGAAGGAAGCCCUUAUUAUUCUAGUGCACGAUUGUGGGAUGAUGGAAUCAUUGAUCCAGCUGAUACAAGACUUGUUUUGGGCCUUGGCCUCAGUGCUGCAUUUAAUGCACCCAGCAAGAAGACAGAUUAUGGCAUAUUCAGAAUGUGAUAUGAAAGGUUUACCAGUUGUACUUUAAAUAAAAGCAAAUGGCCUAACUCAAUAAAUAAUCAAGUAACAAAAUAAAGAUUUGUACAGUAA